AUUUUCUCCCGGGAUUUGUCGACAUGCUCUGGAAUGGUUUAGCAUCUAUAAUUUCUUUUCUUUGUGUCUGAUGGAACGAGAUUUUAUCAUGUCUGUUUGCGGUGAGGAUGAGGACUUGAUCAACAGAGAGUUUCCUGAAAAUGAACCCGAGAAUGUAGAGAAAAGGUAACCACUAGGCAUUAAUUUAACAUUGUAGUGAUAUGAAAAAGGUUCGUAUUUUUGAACUAGAAAAAGCAAUCGAGGACAAGACUAGAGAAAGGAACAACCUGAGAGAAAGAUUGCGUCAUGUUCUGCGUGAAUCUGAACGUAUGGAUACCCUGUUUCCGUUAAAAUUGGAAUCCAAAGAGAGAGAACUGCGGCAUUUCUUGCUUCCCUCUGUGCCUCGUUCAAGCGCAUGUGAUGUAGAUGCUAACAAAAAUCAAAACAAUACGAACUGUACAAUUAGUUCCACCGUCCGUCCUGUCCCAACUUUGGUCAGUGGAUUGACGAAACCUGUAGAUAGUUUACUGGGUCCUGCAGGUUCUACAACCCGCACUGCUAAUCCAAAGGGACCAGGGCUUUUGCCUACUCCAUACCCUAAUCCGUCACAGGCUGGUAAUAAAGCUGCUGUCCAUAACCGCAGCUUACCCUCAACCAGAUUUCCCCAGUCUUCCAAGUGUGCUGUAGAUAGUAAUGAAUUGCUUUCGAAAGAUGUUCCAAGUUAUACAGAUGUACUUGUUGAUUCUUCUGUUAACUUGGUAUUGUCUCGUUUACGUCGGAUACAGCGCAGUUUUGAUAAUUUGGUGGCAAGUAAUCAGUCUGAGCUACAGUCAUUUACUUUUACACAAAACAGUCAAAAUGGAAAAAGAAUGAUGAUGCGUAUUCGCGUACUUGAACAUGAAAAUGAAGAGUUGGCCAAUGUGAACCGUACCGGCCGAACUGCUCGCUUGGAAUCCGAAAUCGCAUUGCGUCGUGCCUUUGUAAAUGACUUAAAGAAUGCUCAUGCAGAUAUGGAGUAUUUGGUUGAGGAAGCCGAGACCGAAACCGAAGUGCUUGGAAGUUCUCUAAUGAUGUUGCAACAAAGACUACAAUUAACUCAGGGCACUGCUGAGUUUCUGGCGUCUGAGCUAGAAAAAAUUGAAUCUGAGAGUUGUGUACAAAUAUUGGGUCCAACUACUAACGCUAGUGGUGAUAAUAGCCUGUUGGAUGACAGAAAACCGGAUAACGACUGUAGUUUUUCACCACACCAAUUUCAUGAUCCUCGUGAUGAAGGUUUAUACGAUGAAGAACUUAUUUUUAAUUCUGAAGCAGGAAUUGGUGUACUAUCUUCUGAUUCUUUACAAUCUGAACAGAUAGAGUUGAUGACCAGGGAUGAUCCAUCAAAAAGCGGAGAGUAUAGUUCACGUGAAACUGAAACAAAUUGCGAGAGUGAGUCACGCACCUGUAUCCGAAGUCGUCGCAAAUUGGAAAGGAACAAUUCCAAAGAUGAUAAUAGUCCCUAUAAGUCAAAGCGUAGUCGCAUUUCAGGUAAUUAUAAUGUUUCUUCCGAUGAAAAAUGUAAAAGUCACAUGGACUCCUUAUCGUUUCUGCCUACACCGUUGUCUAGGCAUGAUACACCUACUACAGAGCGGACUAAAACACGCCCUGUAAUUCCUGUACGUGGUCCACAACGGACGUUUCAGUCAAAUCGUGAGCAUAAUGCUCCACGUAUUCAAACGAAGUCCGUUUUAUCUUCCCCACCACUUUUAUUUGAAUCCGUUGCCACUGAACUUCUUAAAUCUUCAAAUUGUAACAAUCAGCUAUCUGUUAGUUCGCCAGCAAAUCUUCUUGUAUAAAGUCUUUCACAUCGAAUCAUCCUAAUGUUAUUGAUGGUUCAUCUUCUUGAAAUAUCUUUGUGUAGAUUUAUCUAUUGUCAGUUUCCAGUUUAUCUUCUUCUCUAUUGUCUAUUCUUAUUACUAUUGAUAUUGUUAUGCGUGGUGUGUGUGUGUGUGUGUGUGUGUGUGUGUGUGUGUGUGUGUGUGUGAUGUUAUGGAAUGUGGAGUGUGGUAGAUUGUCGUUGUUAUUGAAAGUUUCCUCCACUUUCAAAUUCCAUUGUUCUUUGUCACCUUUACCUUAUGAUUUUUCAAUGUGAACUAUUACUUACCAGUUAUAAUAAUCAACAGUAAUCGUUUAUUCCUGAUAAACUUCCUCGUUUUGAUAUAUAGAAUGUAUACUGUCUACUCUAUACACACUACGGCUGUUCGUGUGUAAGUAAUGAAUGGAAAAAAGAAAUUCCUUGACAAAAUAACUAGCUAUAUUAUUUGAACUAGAUAGUUAAGUUUUUUUUUACUAUUUUGUGUAAUACUCAUGCUAGUCUGAAACGGAUACUCACUACUAUUGCAUUGAAUUGUGUUGGUUUGAUUUAAUUGAGUUGAGUAAGUCACGCUAUUAUUCCCGUUAUUAUAUAUCAUCCUGGUAAUUAUUUUAGCACAACUGAUAUUAUUAUUAUUAUUAUUACUAGUGAUCAUUGCAUUUAUGUUGAGCAAAAUAUCUAAAUCUAUCUUUCUAUCUGUAUAUACUCAGAAAGAAAGUGUAGUACAGAAUCCCCCCCCCCCGGUGAUGCAGAACAGAAGAAUGAGAUUUCUCUUACUACCUCUCUAUACGCAUAUAUGCGUGUGUUUCUGUGCGUACAUUAACUCAAUAUGAUAAUGUUUGACUAAAAGCAUAAACAUCAACAUACAACACUUAUGCAUAAUAUACACGAAUCAACAGAUGAUAUAUGCAUACAAAUCUUCCAGCUGUUAAUUACACCAUACCAAUCAUCACUUCUAUAAAAGUGCUUUCAUCUGCUACAUGAACAGUAUAGUUGCCUUUGACAGAACUGUUCGUGUUGCACUUAUUAUUUGAAUUAUUCUACCGUUCCAAAUAUUCCUUUUUUUUUGACUUAUCAUAAUUUAUAUUACUGGGUUGCCUUUUUACGCAGUAUUUUUAUAAUUAGGUUUUUCCAAUUUAUAUAUUUUUUGAUUAUUUUUUAAAAACGUUUUAAAAUUCUCCUUUUUUUAAAAACCAAUUUUUCGGGCGCUUUUAUUCUUCAUCUUUUGAAUGUUUCAUAAUAAUGUUGGUAUUUUGUUGAUACCGAUGAACAUCCAUACUGAAAAAAAUUGUAGUGAAGGAUGAAAAGUCGAUCUCGGUUAGUCGAUGUUGUGUGUCACCUUGAACUUGUGAGUGAAACAUGGGUGACACAGAAAUUUCAUCCCAUAUUUCAUUGAAUUCUCAAUUGCCCAUUAUGUUUGUCAUAUAGGAAAUCCAAUGGUUCUGAAUAGACUUGAAGUCUCUUGACCUAUCUUAACUCUGAACAACGCCGACUCUAAA